AACGGAUGACGAGGACAAUAUCGCGUUGAUUCAAUCUCGUGGAAAGAAUCUAUUUACGAUACAGUAUCAAGAUUCUACACGCCAGCCUCGGUACUUUUGUCGGGACCUUGCGUUGACCCGCAUUUGGCCGGGAACCAGACUCCGAAGUGACGGAGCACAUCCGGGCCACGAUAAGUCCAUAGUGGGGGGUUGCACAUCUCACAUCUCCUUUCAUCCCUUCUGCAUCGAAUCCAUCUAAGACCUGACUGUCAAACGAGCUUGGCUUCUUUUAAUCAAGAUGUGGUCAAUUGCCUUACUGCACUUCUUCAUUGGAGUGCAAGCUGUCGAUCAGGUUCGCAAUGCAAGGAACUUGGCACCCCGGCAAUCGUACGGCUCUUACAACACCACCGACGGCGAGACACUCGAGGUCGUGCAAGCUUAUGUUCCGCCUCGUCAAACCUUAGACAGCCCGAUCUGUCGUCAAACGCUGAUGCAACAUAUUUUCGACAACAGCUAUGGCAUUCCAUACGUCGCUUCCUACAGCCCCCCUGCCAACUGCAACUUCACUACGACCAUCUUAAACCUCUCUGUCUCAUCUCAAGGCCGGCAGUACGAUAGGCUCGCACUCCUCUACUUAGGCGACAAUGAGAUUUGGCGGACAAGCACUGCCAUGCCAAUUCGUUCUGGUAUCCAUUGGUCGUACCAGAAGGACGUAUCAAUAUUUUAUGCACUGUUCAGAGAAGAACAGAAGCUGAUUUUUAGCCUCGACAACAUUCUUCAAGGCGACCUCUACACCGGUCCAUACAAUGUGACACUUGAGGCUCUCUACUUUGACGAUAUCUACGCCGAAGGUUUUAGACCAGCCGAGGAGAUUUACCCCAUCUCGAAGCAAGCGUCGACGGAAAACACGACAUCCGUUUUCUCUCUUCCAGGCGACAGCGGAAGCGUCAAUCUAACACUUCCGCGCAACAUCAAGCAAGCAGUGGUGUCAAUCAUAGCCAGUGGAAACGGCGCCGAGGAGUUCUGGUUCGCAAAUGUACCCAGUGACUACACCAACACAUUUCCAAGCCCUCUUGGCUCCCUUAGUGGCUACGGUCCGUUCCGCGAGGUGCAGCUUCUCAUCGAUGGCCAGCUAGCGGGUGUGGAGUGGCCAUUCCCCAUCUUGUUCAGCGGUGGUGUGGAUCCUGGCGCUUGGCGACCCAUUGUCGGCAUCGACACCUACGAUCUGCCCACUUCCGAGAUCGAUGUCACGCCGUGGCUCUCGGUCUUGUGCGAUGGCGAUGAGCACGAGUUCCAGUUGCUAGUUAUUGGGUUUGAUGACUUUGCGGAAGAUAAGAUUGGCGCCGUUGGCUCUAAUUGGUAUGUUGCUGGCUCUCUCUUUGUCUGGCUCGACGAGACAGUCAACCAGACCAAAGCCGGUGAAAUUAGCAUCUCGGCGCCAACAACUCAUUUCGACUAUGAUGCCGUUCUCGGCACUGCCACGUCUGAUGAUGGCGCGAUCACGAACACUUCGUUUUGGUUCUCGUUGGCGGCCGAGAGAAGAAUUUCCAUCAGUUCGACCAUCGAGACACUGGAGGGGAACAAGACUGUAUCGUGGGAUCAGCACAUCACGUUCACAAGUAUCCAGAAUCUGACGAAUGAGGCCUUGAACCAGUCCACCUCCAUGAGCACCAAGGGAAGUUAUUCGGGCGCCUUUUCCGACAUUGUUUCGACCUACGAGUACCCACUCAACCUCUAUAGCUCGUACGAUGUUUCCGCUGAUGGCCCGGUUACCAACCCGGGGUCCGUGUUCUGUACAGCGGACCGAAGUCUACUGACGGGCGGAGUAAUGCUGCUGCCAUUCAUGACUGGCCUGGUCGUGGGCACAGAAAGCUUUGCAACAAGGCAGAACGUCACAAGCAUGUACUACUGGAACGACACCAUUGUCGAGGGGACAGGCGACAACAACACGUGUGAGGGAUCGGCAUGGUUGUCCUUCUCUGGCACCCCAGGGUCCAAUGCUGGCGUGCGCGAGUUCUCACAGUACUUGCAGGAAUUGAACGAUUCGUGGGUUGAGCGGAAGCAGGGUUGGAGCACAAUCCAGGUUCCUAGUACGGAGCUACUAUUGUAUGUAUAGAAGGAAACAGUCUUUUCGUACAACAAUCUUCGCGCCAAUAUGCACGAUAGUCGUAGUAUUCAUUCAGAUAUCUAGAUAAAAUUCUGCAAGACCUACC